UCCACCACCAUCAGACAACAUUUAAUUUCAUGAAUCGAAAAUUUUUAAUUACGAAGUCGCAAUUGGUCUCUGUACGCUAUAAUUUGACCGGAGACGGGAGACCCACCAUCGAGCCGCCACGUCGACAGAGACUACAAAAUGGUGUCAGCAGUUUUCAUUUCCGAAUCGAGAGAGAGAGACAGAGCAGAGGGAGAGGUUUUCGAAUCAAGGAUUGGGGGAAAAUGGGGAUUCCGUCAGAGUCGAGGGACUUGUAUGCAAGCCGCAAGAGCUCUCUGCUCAUCCAAUCACCACAGGUCCAGGAUGAUGCCAAGAUGCUUCGCUCAAAGAUGUGCACCCAAGAAGGUGUACGUGCUGGAACUAAGGCUGCUGCAAUUGCCUGUGUCGCCAGCGCCAUUCCCACUUUGAUAGUUAGUCGAAAGGUUCCUUGGGCGAAGGCGAAUAUCAACCAUACUGGACAGGCACUCAUUAUAUCUGCUGCAUCGAUAGCUGCCUGCAUAUUUCAUCACGGCAGACAAGACUAUCUUGGAAUGCGCAAGGAGAAAUACACACUACAAACCAUCAUAAGAGAAAACGGAGUUGGGGCUGUCUUAGUUUAAUUUGUGCUCCAGAUGUUUGUACUACUCCUGAUCUGUUUGUAUGCUGCUUUCCAAUUUUGACAUUAAUCUUUUUUUAGAGGCAACUUUAAAAAAUGUUUCUGGACAAUGGAAUUUACAUAUUUUCGAUCUCAUAAAAAAUAAAGAGUGAACUGCACCAAAUGACCCUAA